AUGUCCAAGAUUGUGCAAAUACAACAUCAGCAACAACAAGCUGAAUGCACAACGAAUUCCCAACCCUCAAUCCCAUUAAUUUCCAAACCAAAAGAGAAAUGGCCCUUUUGGUAUGGUGGAUUUGGAGGUGGUGUUGCAUGUUUAUUCACUCAUCCUUUAGAUCUUGCAAAAGUUCGUUUACAAACUGCUCCGAUUCCCAAACCUACACUGUUCCAAAUGGCACUUUCCAUAUGGAAACAUGAUGGUAUUUUAGGUGUUUAUUCCGGGUUAAGUGCAGGUUUAUUAAGACAAGCAACUUAUUCAUUAACAAGAUUUGGUGUUUAUGAAUAUUUAAAAGAAAAUUACGUGCCUUCUGAUAAGCAAAGUUCAAUGGCUUAUUUAUUACCAAUUAGUAUGAUUAGUGGUGGUGUUGGUGGUAUUGUGGGGAAUCCUUCAGAUAUUGUAAAUAUUAGAAUGCAAAAUGAUACUGGGUUACCUUUAGAUAAAAGAAGAAAUUAUAAUCAUGCUAUAAAUGGUGUGACAAGAAUCAUUAAAGAAGAAGGUGUAUCAAGUUUAUUUAGAGGAUUAGGUACAAAUUUAGUUAGAGGUGUCUUAAUGACUUCAUCACAAGUUGUUACUUAUGAUAUUUCAAAAAAUUUAUUAAUCAAGAAUUUACAAAUGGAUAAAGAUUCAAAAUUAACUUUUUUCAGUGCUUCUUUAAUCGCUGGUCUUGUUGCUACAACUAUUUGUUCACCUGCUGAUGUUUUGAAAACAAGAAUAAUGAAUUCAAGUGGUUCAGGUGAAGGUGUUUUGAAAAUCUUGGCUCAUGCUUUUAAAAAUGAAGGUCCAAGCUUUAUGUUUAGAGGUUGGGUUCCAAGUUUUGUGAGAUUAGGUCCAAAUACAAUUAUAACUUUCCUAGUUGUUGAACAAUUGAGAGAGUAUAGAGUUGGUUUGUGA